AGUGCGAUACACUUCGCACUUAGCCGCAAAUUGUUUCUCUGAUCGGACUCGAAGAAGAAUAUUUAAUAAAUCAUGUUGAAAGAAGUAUUCAUUGUUUUAGCUAUCGCGAUAGUUACGGGAGUCAAUGCUUACCACGACUUUUACUUUACGGAACUGACCGCAGAUCAGAAUUAUCUCCUGAAGCAGAAAAAGAUUUUCCAACUUUUCUAUCAUGUAUCCCAGUCUAACAUUGUAAAUCCCGAUUUGUUCAAGGAGGGACAGGAGUACAGUAUCGAAGCGAACAUCGAUUCCUACACAAACAAGGAAGUCGUCAAUUACUUCACAGAGUUGUACAAAUUUGGACUCCUCCCAAGGGGUGAACUAUUCUCCCUUUACUAUCGAAAACAACUGGAAGAGACCAGAGCCCUCUUCAAGCUUUUCUACUACGCCAAAGAUUUUGACACUUUCUAUAAGACAGCUCUGUGGGCUCGUAAUAACAUUAACGAGGGUCAAUUUCUCUGCGCACUUUAUCAGGCGGUUAUUCGUCGACCGGAGACCCUUUUCAUUCAUCUACCCCCGCCCUAUGAGUUUUAUCCGUACGCCUUCUUCAACAGCGAGAUCAUCGAGGCUGCUAAGAACGCCAAGAUUUAUAAUAAAUUUGUGGAAGGCAAUUCGUACAUUAUCCGUGCCAAUUACUCCGGCUGGUACUUGAAUCGAGACAAUGAUCCUGAAAUGAAAUUGAAGUACUUCACUGAGGACAUAGGUUUCAACACUUACUACUUCUUCCUCCGCCAGGAUAAUCCGUGGUGGCUAGGCAGUGAGGAAUUUGGUCUGGCUAAAGAGUACCGGGGUGAGGAGUAUCUUUACGCACACAAGCAGCUGCUCAAUCGCUACAAUCUGGAGCGAUUGGCUAAUGGUUUGCCGAAGGUCGAGAACUUCAUGUGGGAUGGAGAGUUUUACCCUGGGUAUUAUCCAACAAUGGUCUAUCACAAUGGAUUGCCGUAUCCGCAACGUCCGUCGUACAGCAAAAUCCCGGAGUACAAAUACAAGUUUCUAUACCGUAUCCACGACAUUGAAUCGAGAAUAUCAGCCGCUCUUGACUUGGGCUACAUAAUUGAUGCCGACGGUACUCAGCAUAAAAUUUACACUCCAGAAGGUCUGAAUCUCCUUGGAAACAUAAUCGAGGGUAAUAUGGACAGUUGCAACAAAGAUUACUACGGUAAUCUCGAUGUAUUUGGAAGAAGAGUCCUCGGGUUCAACCUCGAACCCAAAACUGCGUACCAGAUCAUACCAAGUGCGCUCGAAUCCUUCUCCUCUUGCCUGAGAGAUCCAGCUUUCUACCGCUUCUAUCAGCGCCUGGUCCACUUUUACAAAAAAUACAAGGCUCACCUGAAGCCAUACUCCAAGAAUGAAAUCGUCUUCCCGGGUUUGAAAUUUGAAUCAAUAGCUGUGGACAAACUAGUCACCUACUUCGAUGAAUUUGACGCUACCAUCAGCAAUGGACUUCCCAUUUCUAGUCAGCAGGAAGCCGACAACUUUUUGAUCAAAGUCCGUCAGCAGAGACUGAAUAACAAACACUUCACUGUACACUUCAGUUUGAAUUCAGAUAAAGCGCAGAAAGUCGCCAUUCAACUGUUUCUGGGGCCCAAAUAUGAUGCGCAGUACAAUCCCCUGGACUUUAGCGAGAGCUACCAGUCGUUCUAUGAACUUGAUUACUGGGUUACUGAUGUCAAUGCCGGUAUAAACAAACUGGAACGAGUCAGCCACGACUUCUUCUUCGCCAUGGCGGAUCGCGAUCCCACUGAGAUAAUCUACAAGAGAAUCGAAAAGGCCCUCGAAGGAACCGAAAAGUUCGUUUACAAAGAGAGUUUGUACGGCUUCCCCGAGCGUCUACUUCUGCCCAAGGGCCGGCGUUCUGGCGCUGCUUAUCAGCUAUUUGCCUACGUCAGCCCAGUGACCAAGCCUAUCAUGUACAAAUCCCGAGUGUUUGGGUAUUACGAGUACGAUCAUAAACCCAUGGGCUUCCCUCUGGAUAGGCCAAUCUAUUGGCCGCACUUCCAAGGGCCCAACAUGUUCUUCAAGGAUAUUUCGAUCUAUCUCAAGCUCGAUGUCGAUCCCAAUGCAACCAUAUAGAUUCUGCAUUUAAUGCUUCAGUUUCAUAAACAAGAUGAAGAAUGAGUGUUUGUCAUGCUAAUUAUGAAAAUAACAAUGUUAUGUUUUUAAUUAAUAAAAGAAAGUAUGCUGGCA